AUGUGGGAGAACGUGCCUGAUUUUCUUGAGUUGUUCAGAAACUUUCCUGUUUCAAUAUCAGUGUUGUUCGUGGUCCCAGUGGUACUUUUAAGUGGCCCCUCGUCAACUGUCAUGGCCGCGCACGAGUUUCCCGUGUUUAGAAUGCAGCAAUAUGAUCUUCAUCAAACUCAAGUUGGUAAGUCUACAUCAGUUUCCAUCGUUAAACAACGAACUCGUUCCUGAAUCGUGUAUUUGCUUGCAAACAAAGUCCUGAUGGCAAGACUUUGGUUUCUUUGUUACAAAGAAUUUUGCAAAGAUGUUUCGUGUGUAAAAAAAUGUUAUGCUAAACUUAAGCUUAAAUAUUAUUUUCCAGCGGUUUUAAGCUAACAUCGCUUUUCCCUCUUUAUUCGCAAUGUUCUUAAAUUCCUAUGAAUCUCCGAAGGUCGUUUUUCUUAUCUUCGUUUUCCAGUAAACCAAACAAAUCCUUUCCAAGAAGGUACAAAUGAGCUCGUGAUAGUAAUUAGAUACUGACUUAGUUAGGGGCAAUAUCUCCCAGUUUUUAUAGAGGAAAACCUGGUUUCCAUAUAAUCAUCUGGAUCAUCCCAAUUGCCCCAGUCGUUUCAGAAAAUUUCAAGAUGAUCCGGUUGACUGGGACAGUAAAAAUUGGCAGUUUUCAUAUGAACGUCUCAAUCACCUCAGCGGCAAGCAGGGCGGGUUCACCAGCGAUUAGUAUAAUAAUCACAUGAUUUCGAGUGGAAGUUGGAAUAAAUAAGCACGAGUAAAUUUUUCAAAGACCAACAAAAGUGCACAAUCCUGUAGGGCGAGUGCACUUUGUGGUCUUAGAAAAAUUUACAAGUGAUUAUUAAUUUUAUUCCAAAUUAGACGAGAAAAAUCGUGUGAUUACUUAUUAAUAAUAUACACAAAAAACAUAACUACAACAACAAACUUUGACAGUGCGCACAUUUUUAGUUCAUUCAAUCAACUGGCUGAAACAGACUACUACCUUUGACAAAUUCAAACUUUUUCAAGACCAAUGCUUUCAAAUCAUUCAGCUAAGAACUUGGAAAUGUGCAAGGAUUGAUUUUACAUGGUCACCAGCCUGUUAAAAAUAACUCGGUUUACAAUAAUCAGUAAAAGUAAGGGUUUUUGAAUUCAUCCUCGAUUACAAGAGCUCGGCGUUUACAAGAAGUUUUUACAAGAAGUAUACUGCUGUUUUGAAAUCAGGAAAACGCUUUGAGCAGCCAAAGAUAAAAGACACUUGCUGAGUUGUUUAAUGACUUUACAUCAUUGUCUGUUCCUGAGACCCCAUCACAGCUGGAUUCAUAAAGAAAUUUUUGAGAUUUACAACCUGAAAAUGAAAGAGGCAAUUUGUUUUCUUUUGACGCUGCUGCCAUGGAUGGGUGAGAGGAGCCACAAAUGUUGUGAUGUUGGAAACUGCCAGUAUUAAUCAAAUAACUAUUUGCAUUUUCUCAGUGCUGAGGUUUUCAUUAUUGCAUUUGUCCUUGGCCUAUUGCAAGAGAGAGUCAUCUUCACUCUUCUUGGUCGGCUUCAUUGUAGUUGUUUAGGAAAUUUAUACCUCUGUGGCCUCAGACAUUUGGCAAUAUAUUCUAAACUUACAAUUUUUGCUUUCUUCAGCUUGCUGACUAUUGUUUUUCUUGUACUAUGAUUCGUAAACUUUUUUCUCACUUUCUUUAAGGCUAGUACCAGUUACGGAUACUUUCAUUAUGUUAGUUAUGGUAUUUUCAGUUUCGUUUGCUACUGAGGUAGAAAAAAGAGACGAUCACAUGGCCAGUGUUUUAAUAGAGGUCUUUGCUCAAAAAAAUACUUAAAGAGAGCAACCGGACACCUUUCUGGCUGGUCCUUUGCAAUCGUCUUGGCAGCUUUCCAUGUGAUCGUUUCCAUCAUGUGAACAUUGCAUUGUUUGAAACGACUGGGACAAUCAGGACGAUCUCGGCAAUCAUAUGGAAACCAGGCUUAAAUUAGCAUUGACCUUAUUAUGACAGAAAAAUGGUUUAAACCAAGACAUUACAGUGAAAUUUGCACAAAAUCACUUAAAGUAUAGUUUCGGCAUAAACAAGAAAAACAUUUUGGGUGAAUAUUCUUUGUUCUUUGAGCCAAGAAUGUUUACACUUAACCUGAUGUGUAUCUAUAAACUUGUAUCGAAACAACUUGAAUGGAAACAAAUUUGUAUCAAUACGACCAGUAACCUUAUUUCUUUUGAAUUGUCAACAAUGUUUAUUCAGUUAAACAGUGUCCAUAAUAAGUUAUCUGGUCACUUACCAUUUUGUAAGGUUUUUGAUCAGUGGUUGAUUAUAAUCUAUGAUUGUUAUAUCACAAGGCUCCCUAGUAAUAGGUAACAGGCAAGAAGAGAAUGUGAUAUGGAUAUCAGAGACUGUUGACAAAGCUUGAUAUUGCCAUUCUGCUAGUGUCUGCCUGCAAAUUUUAGAUGCGCAGAGGAGAGCCAGUGUUCUCCCCAGGUAUUUAAGGCUAAGCGCUGGCUUAGUUCAUGCGAAAAUCAGCAAUGCCUGGCUUCAAAACCAAAAAUCUAACAGAGUGGAAGCUUAUGUUGACAUUUAGAACCAGGUAUUUCAAAGAUGAAAUCACUUAAGAAAUUUGGUGAAACCUUGUCUGGUGUUUUUAUUUUUUUGUUUUCUUGCAAUUAUUUGAUUAUAAAAGUGUUUUACCUUUGGAUGAACAUGUUCAAAUCUGUCAUUUGGCUUAAAGGCAGCCAUCUUGAAAUUGUCCCAAGGUCCAUCACGGAGAUUACAUGUAUUACUAAACGAAAAUCGCAGGAGUGUCAAAAUGGAGAACUUAAUCAACCCAAGAUGUGUGAAACAAAAAUACAGCUUCAGUCAAAGAGUCUUGAGAACUGAUCAUAUUUCGCUGUCUCUGUUAUUAUUCAGGCUUCAUCCAAACACCAGCUGUUGAAAAUCACAGUCAGAAUACCCCCUGGCCUUCCCAAAAUCCUAGGGAUGACAAGGAGAGCAUUUGAUUGACAAAAAAAUUACAGCAGGCCCUGUUCCAUUACGUGUUGGAAAAUGUGUGCAUGGUUCAAGUUUAGUUAUGGUGUCAAAAAAUUUACUUCCAAAUGUUUAUCAAUAUUCUAUGUUACUGGCAUUUUUCAGGUUCCCGCAGUUCAUUGGUGAAUAUGGAGGCAAGGCCCCUGACUUCUGACAUGCUGACAAGGCGCUGUGUGGUUACAAGAUUAUCUGAUCUCACUAUUGAGAGAUUCAAAGAAGCAGUACAAACCUUAGGAGCAGGGGCUAUACUAAUACUGCUACCAAAAAACACUUCUAUCGCUGCUCUUGAACAAAAAGAGGUAAAUCUACUGACUAUAAUGUACACGAAAAUGCUGUGCAAAAUAAGUGUAUUCUAGGGACUUCCUAUAAUAUUUUCCUGAAUAUUGGAGGGAGAAACAAAGCCAAUGAAGUAUAUAUUACAUGGCCGUGCAGAGAAACAUCUGAAAUAUUUUUCAACACCAUGAAACAAGAUGAUAAUACAAAUCUUGUAACCAUUGUUUUGGCUUCAUUCACUUUCACACCCUGAUGUGAUUUAAAAGACUGUAUUUUAUGGUACACAUAUACUUCAGGGGAAGGGUUUGUGUGUCAUCCUAUGGUAUCCUGCCCCCCCUGUAAAAUUAUUAAAAAAUGAAAAAAGAAAGGGCAAAAUUAAACAGGAAACAGGCAUAAUUAUAUUUUUGUAAACUUCCCUUUCUCUAUGAAUCGCACUCAGUUUGGUUUAUUUAUACCUUACCUGAGCCGAGAGGAGAAAGGAGAUUGACAGCUCUGUUAAAAGCUACUCAUGGGCAUCUCUGUUGCCUUGAGUGGAAGAGAACUCUGCAACAAGAAUUAAAUUCUCCUUUUUUUACAAUAGUAGUAAUAAUAUUAUUAUUAUUGCAAGUGACUAGAGCUACUUUACUGUAAUCUCUUCAUUUAAGGAGAGUACGAGUGUUGGAGAGAUUGUGUUCGGUAAGGUACAGGAUUACAGUGAUUGAUUUGAUCCAGGUUUUGUCAAUGUUAUGCGUAGCCCAUUUUUCCUUUCAUUUUUUACAAUGUGUGCUCAAAGGUAAUGUAAGAAAUGAUCACUGACCAUCAGGUUUAACUCUAGUUUAAUUUGUGUAUUUUGCUUUAGGAGUGGCAGCAGCUGGAAAGAGAUUUGUUAACUGUUGAGGUACCAGUUGCUGUUUAUUUUGCUUAUGAAGACAAGGAACUGACUGAGAUUUAUAAAGACAUUGAAACAGCUGUAACUAGUGAUCAGGCUGGUUCUGCUUUUGAAGGUAAAAAGGUAUUAUCAAUGUAGAAAUAAAGACUAGCAUUACCCCUAAUGACUGCUAGUUUUUAUAUGGUAAUUACAUGUACAAAAUAUACACAGAUUAAUAAAGUGUAGUCAAUCUUUCAGUUAGUUUGUGAUAUUAUCUGGAAAUUGAGGCAACAGAGAUCAUGACAUGUUCAGGGUUGGCAAGGUAGCCGGCUGCUGGCAAAAAUCACCUCCUACUUGUUUAGUAUUGGCUGAGUACUCUGCUUGGCAUUUCUUUACGGAUGGUGUUUUUUAAAUAAAACAUCCCUGGACUGGCCGCUUACUUUGACAACUCAGCCGUUUACUUCAAAACUUUCAGACAACCCUGCAUGUUCUCUAUUAUCUUACAUAUCAUGGUUUGUCGCCAAGAGAACAAUUCUCAAUUUUUUUUUGUCUCCCAGGGGUAGAAUACAAAGGGAGUUAAUGAUUAAAUUUUAUUACUCUUACUUGCGUAUGCAGCGAGACUCAUAAUCUGCAAGGCGUUUUUUUUUCUUCUUAUUUAGUACACGAAACGUGGUUGUGGUCCCAGGUGUUCCUAGCGGAGACCGUGGAAACUGGGAAUAAGAAUCAUUGUGUGACCGAACGAAGCCAUGCAUGUUUUGUGAAGAAAGCUUAGGUUUAGUGCUCCUCUGAAAUGGGUCUCUCCAAAAAUUCUAUCGCUUGAAAGCGUUAAUUAGUUUGGAACAAGUGAACUCUUAGGUGGCUGGAAAAAAAAAGAAUCUUAUAGCAAAAAACUACCUGAUCAGGUGUUGUAAACUUUCAUUGUGUUCGAAUGAGUCUUGAUGAGCAUGCGGUUUAUUUUCAGCGAUGAUUGAAAUGAUGCACCAUGUUCUCAUCAUGUUUCUUUAUCUUCAGCAAUGAUGUAAUUUCUCUCAAAUCGAGGCCCUUGCUAUCACACGUACUAAAUCAAUUUAGAAACAUUUUGUCGAAUACAAUUUGAUAAGUAAAUAUCCUGAAAUACUCAACCGUCAAUAAAAUAAAGUAGAAAGUGAAAAACCUUUAGAGAGUAAAUCCUGUUUCGUGUAGAAUGAUAUGAAUCUCCUCCGCAUUUCUUAUCUAGUCUCCAAGCAAGUGAGACUUAAUGCCAGUUUUAAGAGUGUUCUUGGUAAGAAUCAACUGAGGUUAACUCAAAGUUAACCUGAAAGUAAAUUCUGUUACAUACUGUGUGGAGAUGAUAACUGCCAAUUGUGAUUCUGUCCCAUAAGACUAUAAUAAUAAUGAUAAUGAAGAUAUUAUUAAUACUAGUAAUAAUAAUAAUAAUGAUAAUACUGGUUUUGGUGUCAUUCUAUUGGAUAAUGAUGACAAAUGAUGAUUGUGAUAGCCACUGUGACACUGCUACUAGAUGGUGAUCAGAAGGAGGGGAUUUGAAUUUUUGUAAAUGAAGGAGGAAGCUAUUGAUUUUCUAUGUUAAUAGAUUACACAGGAAAAAAUAACGGAUUCCCAUUUUUGGAUAUUUUAGGGUAUUUAAAGAAUACCCAUAAAAAUCCCAAAUUUGGCAAAGUGAGACAAGUCCCAACCAGGGAAUUCCCAACCAAGUUCCCUGAUUGGGACUUGUCUCACUCUUCCAAAUUUGGGAUUUUUAUGGGUAUUCUUCAAAUACCCUAAAAUAUCCAAAAAUGGGAAUCUGUUAUUUUUUCCUGUGUUAUGAUCUUGGUUUUCAUUUUGUUGGUGGUAAUAUAAUGGUGGUGGAGAUGAUGAGGUUAAUGAGAAUGAUUAUGGUAGAGACUGGUUUCUUACAACUGAGUCAUGUAUUUUCUUUUGUCUUCUUCCAUUUAUAUAGCGCUACUUGGGGUGACAUCAACUAGUGGCUAUCAAAUGGUUGUGAAUGUAGGAGAAACUAAGCAGAUUAAAGAUAUGGCUAUUUCUAGUUUGCAGGUAAAACCUUUUGAUAAUAAACUUCCUGUAAAACAGUGUUUGAUCUAGAGCGUGCCAUUGCAGGAUUGCCGAAGUUUGAGGAAAGAUGUCCCCUUCAAAUACCUGUUCUGUGUCUGGGUCAUUCUGGCUCACUUCAAAUAAUUGUCUUUGAAAAGAAAAAGAAACAAGAAAAUGUUAUUUCUUUGUGUGCAAAAUCUUCUGAAAAGAAUAUUUUGGUUUACGAUUAGAAGUACAAAUGGCUGAAGUUCGAUCCACCAAAGGGUAUGUGCUGCUUGCUUUGCCAAAAAUCAAAGAAACAAAAUUGUUUUACCACUGGUUGGGCAAACUACAGGACUUCAACACUAGUUCUAGAUAACAACUGUAUGUUCAAUUCUCUCUUGAACAUCACAUUUGUUGAUAACGUAAACCUCAGGAUAUUAGAAUAAAAAAAUGUAUAGUGACCCCCCCGAGAAAAGAAAUGUCCCUCUGAAAAUUGUUGACUGGGACACAUUGCCCCCCUAGCUGGCAAUCCUAGAUCAGACACUGUUAAAGUUUGUACCUUUGGGUAAAAUGUUGUGACAACAAAACAGGCUUAAUAUAUAAAGAAAAAAAUCUUAUCGCAAUACACUUGUCAGUCAUUGAGGCCCACAGCUGAGCAUACCUUUCGAUGUUGCCUGGUUAUUACUCAAUUCCUUUCUCCGUGAAUUGUUGCACUCAGUUUGGUUUCUUCAUACCUUACCUGAGCCAAGAGGAGAAAGGAGAUCAAUGGCUUUGUAAAAAGCCACUCAUGUGUAUCUCUGUUGCUUGAGUGGAAGAGAACUCUGCAACAUUUUUCCAAAGUCUUUCUCUUUCAGGUAUUUUAGCCACCCAUAUGGCAAUUUAUUGUUUUGAAAAUCUAUGGUUUAUUUAGCAUGUGAAGCUUGGCAAGAGUGAAUGUAUACAGGGUACAUGUGCACUACACAUACAUUCAUUCUCUGUGUAUACAUUAUUGUCUGGUGAACAUCUACUGCAUUUGCCAUUACAGUAUGUAUGCCCAUGUUGAGGUGACCCAGCUUACUUUUCUGGUCUUGGCGUAAUAAUAUUGGUAAAGACUGAAAUAACUCAUCUAACUGAGAUUUUGUGUUUAAUAAUUCUGCUUUGUAGGGGAAGUUAGUUGGAAGAGGAAUUGAUGAACAACUUCCUACCAUUGCCAUUGUCACCCACUAUGAUGCUUUCGGGAUUGCACCGGUAAGGUCAUACAUGUAUGGUGUAGGUUGAUAAUGGCUGAAUGCAUGUAUACAUGAAUGAGAUAAAAUGAAAACUUUGAUUACCAGAGACAGUUACAGUUGAACCUCCAUUAUUAUGGGGUGCUGGCAAGCAACCACUCUGUAGAGGGUGGCUUCUCGUGAUCAAUAGAGGUGUGUCAUAAAUUAGCAUAAUCAAACAGGGACGGAAGUGGCAUAACUGGUCCAAAAACAGUCACCACCCAUAAUUUUGGGUUGUACUUUUGUUCAUCAUAUUUUAAAAGUAAUUAAAAGUACCUGAUUGGCUGCGUUACAGAGAUGACAAGACUUGGGAAACUCUUGUUGGAUGUCCAAUGGUGAUGGUUUCAUUUACAAUAUUAUUUCUUCAACAAUUGUUAUUUCAGGACUUUAAUUUCUGGCCGCUUAAUAGGGGGUGGCUGCUUAAUGGUGGUUCAACUGCGUUUACAAAUAUUUAAACAAAAUGGUUUUUCUUUGUGCUAUCAGUCAUGGCCAGUGUGUAAAGGCCAAUGUACUACAUUUGUAUUUUUGUAGAGUCUCUCUUUUGGGGCUGAUGACAAUGGAAGUGGUGUUGUUGCCCUUCUAGAACUGGCAAGAUUAUUUUCAAGGUAAGAAUGAGUAUGAAUGAAUUUUUUGCAUGCUGUAGUUAUAAGUAUUGCUAUUUAUGAUGGGGUUUCAACUCUGUUUACAGAGGAUCUCCUCUUGCCCACGUAUUGCAUUCCCUUUCUUCAUGAAUCGCACUCAGUUUGGUUUAUGCAUACCUAACCUGAGCCGAGAAGAGAAAGGAGAUUGACAGCUUUGUUAAAAGCCACCCCUAUGCAUCUCUGUUGCUAAGUGAGUGGAAGAGAACUCUGCAACAUUUUUCCACAGUCUCUAUGAGAUGAUAAUAUAACAUUAUACUCUACUGCAUAAUUUGUACAAAGAGUAUGCAGGGUGUUGUGCUAGUGCAACAGUGAGUGAACUAAUCUGCUCAGAUACAAUGUAUGGAAUGCAGGGCUAGCUACCCUUCACCACCAUUUUCCUUGAAGUGAAAUAUAAUUUUUUUUUUACUGCAUCUGUUGUGUCUGUUUUCAGGUUAUACUCAGACUCUAGAAUGCAAGCAAGGUAUCCUUACUAGUUUAGGAGACACAUUUAAUUAUUUAUUUUGCAGAUUAAGUAUACAUGUACAUAUAAAAAUGUAUGAACAAGAUAGAGAAGUAAUAGGAUGCAAAGCCACCUACAAGGUUAAACCAUCCAAAACCAACCCCCCAAGAACUUAAAAGGAGAAACUAUCCUACAUUGUACCAACCCCUUAUUCCAAGUCAAGGAAAAACAAAACAAAAAACACCUAAGUACACUGUAUUAAGGCAAAGCAAGAAUAGUAACAAUAUUGAGGUGUAAGGCUUGAAUUACAUGUAUUUGAAAAAUUUAUCCAUAAAUCAAACUUAACAGGAGCACUUUGCUAAAGGGUAUAACCAUUUUGGGCAAACAAUCGUGUGUGAUUAUGUUUCUGUUGUUGAAUUAGCAAUACAUGUUUUUUUUAGCAAGUUCCUUCCAAUUAUAUCAUAAUAUUAUUUUGAUAUAUUAUUUCCUGUGCAUGUACGUAAAUUAAACUUCAAGUUAUUUCCAUUUGAAUGAUGUAAGUUGCAUCAGAAGUGUGGCCAACUUCAGACAUUUUUUUUACCAUAGUACAGACUUGUUGUAUUGCUGUCAUAGUUGGGCAUUUUGUGUAAAUACAUGUACCCAGUUAUUAAUAAGUAGUUUCCCUAUAAAAAGUUUGUUUUGUCAUUGUACAUCAAUAGGCUAAAAAAACACUGGACUAAUUCAAAGAGUUUUCUUUGUUGACUGUCUUAACACUGUACAGAUACAAUUUAGUUUUCUUCCUGUCUGGGGCUGGAAAGUUUAAUUAUCAGGGUACCAAGAAAUGGCUUGAGGACAAUCUGGAUAAUCCAGGUUAGUGGUAUUAUUAUACAUUCAACUCACCAUCUCUUUUCUGAUUGGCCGAAAGUGUACACUCAGUGAAUUUUUGAAAUCAGUGCCUGGGACGUCAUCUACCAGCAGAUUAUACAACUAGUAAUAGUUGACACUACAGCUGCCCCCGUUCUGUUUAUUGUCGGUCAAUAGUAUUCUUGCUGGUUGUGUAGCUCUUUGAAGUAUACCAAUUCAUAAUGAAGAUUUUCACACAUAUUCCAUACAACAGGUGAGAUAAAUACAGGAAACGCAAGGUUCCAUGCACAGUUUCAGCUCGAUUUACACAACUUUAAUCAAAACAUUCUCAGUUUCGAGAAUAGUUUGUUCUAAACCAUAAGAAAAGAUUUAAUUAGAAGUUGAAUUGUUCCCUAUUUCUCUUUCCCUUUUUACAUUCAGUUGAUUCUAUUUCCCGGAAAGUAAGCCUUAGAAAUUAAAAGGAUCAAUUCAAUUCAAUUGAUCAAUUCACGCUAGCGCAUUCUAGUCUUAUUUGAAACUUUAUAACGGAAGGACAUCUGUGAGCAGGGAAUAAGUCAGCACAGAAUUUGAUUGUCGGCGAAUUUCUGUAAAUGUCCAUCAAUCUGCUAGUGAUAAGCUGGCCGUUGAUCACUUGUCUUGCUUGUUUGGGGGUGAAUCUUAUUCCGGUCAAAGAGAGAGAAAGAAUGUCUGACAAGGUUUCCAGUAUAAAUCAAAGAUUUGUGAACUCGUGUCUGGCAAACUCUCCAAGUGUUUAUAUAUACACAGUCAGGGUUGUCAUUAAGAGCCGGGGGCCGGGGAUUUUCCCCGGCUACUAAGAGAGUGGCCCCCGGCUACUUUCAUUGGAAAAUACAACAAAAAGAGAAGCAAAAGAAAUCCCUAGCCAUUUGAUUCCCCACCUACUUGUUGUAUUUACCCGGCAACUUGAAAUCUUAGUGACAACCCUGCACAGUUAAACGGACCUUAUAACCUCCCCUGUGCUUAACGAGUGUCUUUUGGUCCAUAACUUUCAAAACAACUGCUCCACAGAAUGUCACUGCGUAAGAGUAUCGAAGUAUGACUGCACAAUAAAUGUCACAAAAUCUACCUGAGCGGUCCCUUCGGGAUUUUCUGUCUGAGGAAAAGAACCUGAACCUGAGGAAAAGAAAGAGUUGACACAAACUUUGAAAACAUUUAAUGUUGAAGCAAGAAAGAAAGAGUUUGUUCAGUGUAUAAUAAAACAAUAUUAUUAUUGGAUUCAGUUUUUGUGAUAUCCAGAAGAAUCAAGGUCUCAAUAAGAGUACCCCUACCUCAACCUUGAUUCUUCUGGAUAUCACAAAAAUCUCAUCCAAUGAUUGUUUAUAAUUAGCUGUGGUGACAAGUUUGCACUGUGAAGCAUAGUGACUGGGCAACACAAGGCUGAGAAUGACAGCCAGUCAGUGGACUAUAUAUGUCCAACCAGAAUGGUGACUUGUCUGGCCAAAAACUUCACUCGCCAUUCAUGACUGUGGACUAGGCAUUUAGACUUUCAUACCUGAACAAACAACUAAAUCAUCGCUUGUAUUAAAUCUUAAAUUUUUGUCUCUUGGUAAGAGUACAAAAUAAUAGGAAAUUCCACAUGAAUUAGUUUUCCCACUAUUUUGACAGGACAAGACUUAUCCGAGCAAACAUUUAUUUGGCUGCAUGCUCAACCAUCCAGAAAUAUGAUAAUAAUAUGACUUUGACAUCUCCAGCAUACUCAAGAAACACAUCCUUGAGGCACUUCUGUUUUUAGUUCUCUUAGACUUAUUUUUGAUAUUUUUCCCUUGCCCUUUACAGAAACAAGUGUGCUUAGUGAUGUGGAUUAUGUGUUGUGUCUGGACAGCAUUGGAAAAACAGAUAAUUUAUUUCUCCAUGUUUCGAAACCUCCAAAAGAGGGCACUCUUGCAUUUUCUUUAGUUGAGGUAUGUACUGUAUGUUGUAGGUAAAAUCCAUUUUCAGGUUAGACGAGUAUUUGAUUUCGAACACCUUGUUGUAUAAUUAUAAACGCUUGUUAUUCGUAAGAGAUGAAAGAAAUUUAAUUUUACCUUGGGAACUGACCUCGCCUACCCUUUGUCCACACUUUGCUUGUGAUGGGUGCAGUAACAUAAACAUCCUCUACUCGAAAAUAGCUUGGCUAAUCGAGGCAGGCAGAGGAAAACAUAAAGUAAUAAUAGUAGUAGUUAAAAAACAAGUACAGUGUGUAUCCCUGUACAUCAACUCACUCAAGACUAAUUUGUCAAUCUGGGAAGGCUCCUGUACUGCUGCGGUUCACAGAGAUAAAAGUUUUUCUGAGUUGAGAUGUUGUAUGAAGGCCUUUGAAUGAAUCAAAUUUCCCUCAAUGGUGAUGUUCAGGGAGUUGCACAGGAGGAAAUGUUUUGUCCACUAGUAAUUAAUUUUUAUUCUUGUGUUAGUGUUUGAAACAAUGUUUAUUCCUGAUGAAAAAUGUUGAAAUACAACCUUUCUGUGAAAGCUGUUCCGCUAUAACCUGGAGUGUUGAUUUAUGACACUUUCAACUAGUGCUAAUGUGAAUUCCUUCUUUUCUUUUUUCCCCUUACAGGAAUUUAAAGGGGUAAGUUUUCAACCAUUCCUGUUUUUGCAUUCCUGCUCUUUGGUUACUUGUUUCUGUUAGGAUUUGUGACAGUAAAUUUGUUUUAAAAUCCUCUUGUAGGUCGCAGAGGCUACUUUUAAGGAAAUGAACUUCACAACGAUCCACAAGAAAAUAAAUUUGGCCGAAGAUACAUUAUCGUGGGAACACGAGCGAUUCUCUCUUCACACCCAGCGUCUACCUGCGGGGACUCUUUCUCACUAUGUUGACCCUCAGGUUCUUGGACGAUCAUCAAUCUUUGAUGUCAGGUGGGUUAAUUUGUUGCUGCAUUGUUACUUAAUUCUUUCAAUCCUUAUACACCUUGUAGUGGCCAAUAUAGUUUGUAUAAGAAAAAAAAAACGUAUAGGACCUCACUCUCAAAAUCAAGAAAGAGAAACAUAAGUCAAAGGCCACAUUCACAAAUCGAUCUGAAUCAAUAGUCUGAACCAUACCCUGUAUCUCUUAUCUGCAUACUUAUUUGUGGCAUUAAUUUUAUGGACUAAUACCUCCAAAAAGAGGCCCCAAAGGUUGGUUAUUUUUGCUAGUACACCUGACAGUUUUGAGCUUACUAAAUUUUCGGCGAAUUUUUUCUUUCCUCUGUCAGAUCACCUGAAAGUGAUAUUAAACUGGAGCGGAAUAUAGCAUUUAUUGCAGAAGUUCUUGCUAGGCAUAUUUUCAACUUCACAACAAAGGUGAGUUAUAUGACUCAAGUUAUGUUCAAUCAGUUCAUACUUUAUGACGUCAGCAGAUGGCUACUAAGAGCAGAAUACAUUAUUAUAUUGGCACCAGGGCACCAGUAGGGCACAGCCCUGGGUGGCAGGGCUCAAAAUUUGGGAUUGUUGCCAGUUGUGUUGAUGGACCAAAGAAAUUUUAGCUUGGUCAUAUCUCUCUUCUGAUCAAUCAAAAUGUUAAAAAUAACAUGAUAGUCAAUAGUAAAUAUUGCUUGAAGGUACUAGCCUAACAAGCAAAAACAUAUAGUAAAAAAACAAUGCUUGUCCUCUUGAAACAUAAUGGUAUGAAUAUGUUUUUUUUUCUGGUCACUUGUUUAUGCAUCCAGUCAAAAUGGUCGGCGAAUUGAAAGUUUUUUUUGGACAAAAUGGUUACCUUGACUGGCCAUUAUUUCGAGCCCUGAAAUGGGCAGCAAAAAUGAUCCAAGACUCAUCAAACAUCCCAUAAUAACCUGCAUCUUUGUGUCUCUCCAUUAUGGUGUCUAGGCAUGGGAUUGGUGGAAUUUGCCAAUCAGGGCUGUCAUUAAGGUUUUAAGGAGCUGGUCUCUAAGAGGAGCUAGUCUGUCAUUUUAAUAAUCCUGCAAAUCCUCCAAUAUUUGUUUUGUUUGACUUUUCAAACCUAGUGUAGCGAGCAGAUCUUUGCUACAAAAAGUCAGCUGUUAGCUACUAAUAACAGACAUGCCAAUGAAAGUGGCAGCAUUUCCCUUAACAGAAUUAUCUUAUAAAGAGACCCUAGCAGUGACCUGUGGAUAGCAACAUAUUUUACUCACUUAAUCUAAAGUGAGGUUAUAUACAGUGCCCUCAGGAAGUAAUGUUGUCUUGUAUUUUUCAGGGGUAUCCAAGAAAUAUGAGAAUCUUCAGUGGUUCCAUGGUGGGUAGCUUACAGUUCCUCUAUUUGUACUGCAAUGUGGGAUGUACAGACAGUUAGAAUACAAGAAAGCUGUUGCAUCUUCAUUGAUGUUUCACUGUUCCUUCAGUUGUAUUGCAGCUCUUUUUAACCUUUUAUGUUAACUUAUUGGACCUCUGUAUGUGGCAGCUUCUAUGUCUAGGACUUGGUUCCACUGUUAAUGUUGUUUAUUGUUUUAACUACCUGUCCUGUGAGGCUUUCUUAGUGCUGUGACAUCACCCUGUCCCAUCCCAUCAGGCCCUGUGGUCUUGCCUCCUCUAUUGCUGACCAAAAUCUCAGAAUCUCAAAGGAGUGGACAUUUAACAUACCUGAUUCAUAUAUGAACUAUAGUUUCUUAUAUAAGUUAAUUCAAAAGUAAAAUUAAUGAAAAGUAAGGCUUUUAAGUUAUGUUUUAUCAAUUUUUUCUUCUAUAAUGUGGGGUAAAAUAGACAGACGAUGUCUUCUAUGUAUACACUAUGCAAUACUGUAUCUUACUUAUCACUUUUAUUUUCUUUGUGUGUGGCAUAUAUAAAACCAACUGGUAGACUUUGCCAUGACAUGUCAUUUAAACACCUAGUCUUUGUAUGACAGUCUUGGAUUGUGGAUAUAGUUUGUUCCCAAACAAGUCUUACUCAAACUGAAACUCUUAAAAAGUCAGAACUAAUUGCUCUGCUAGAGCACAGUUUCUGGUUGUUAAAAAUUCUAUACAACCCAUAAACUUAUAACAGCCAUCUUUGAAGACUAAGGCUGUAACUUUUUGUAUUACCUUCAAAACAUAGCUGUAGACAUGUUUAAUAGUUACCAUGUAGUUAUUUUCCUUGUUAUCAUCUUCUGGUACAGUUUUCAGUGGAUCUAUCACUGUCAGAUAAGCUGCCAAGUCUUAGUAAACAAAACAACUAAAACCCAAUCCUGGUGUACCCCUAAUUCCCAAUUUGUAAGGUGCUUUUCAGUAGUGUACCAUGCUAAAUGAUAUUGGUAUUUUUGUGUUACAAAGCUUUGGCUUUCUUACUUUAUUCCCCAAUUUUAGGCAGUAGAUUCAAAUUUUGUAAAAACGUGGAUGGAUUAUCUUGGCUCACAAGCACGGGCAGCCCAGCUCCUGACAAAAGACCAUCCAUUUUUUACUGGACUAGAGCAGGUAAAACCAUAGCAACACUCAAAACGUCAGCUUUUUUAAUCAUUUUAUGAUAUAAAAAAGAAAUUAAAAAAGAAUAGGUUAGAAAAAGUGCAGUUGAGAGCAGCUCUAGCCUCCUUCGUGCUUUUGAAACUUCCCAAAAGCUUCAUAUCUUAAAAAUGCAAAGCUGAUAACAUUAGCCAAUCAUUUUAUAACAAUAUAAUUGCAGCAGUUCACUUCAAUAUGCUUUAAUGUGUCACUCAUUUUGGUUUGAGAACAUGUUUUGAUGUGCUUCAAUGAUUGGCCAAAAACUGACAAGUGAACUCAUUGUCCAUUAUAUGAACUACAUUUCUCUAUUUCUUGUCUUUACUUAGAGUUUCUCAAAGUUUGUGAAGGAUGUGAAGAGAUUCACAGCCAAAGCUGAUAGAAGGUGACAUAUCAGUGUGAUUUCAUUAGUCACUCAGUUAGUCUUUGUUGCGGUCAAUAAUCCGUGUACCAGACAAUCAGUCGCUCAGGAAUACAGUUUGUCUAUCGAGCCAGCCAGUCAGUUAAUCACUCUGUCAUUCGGCCAGUCGCUGUUUCUGCCAAUGUGUCAACCAACUUGCUACAGGGGGCAGAUUCAGGAUGUUUCUUGGGAGGUGGGUAGACCUCUAAGGAAUGGUGUAACUGACUGCUGACUUAAAUUUUACAAUGUAAAAGCGAAUACAAAGGCUUUGGACUAGUCAAUAACAUAAUGUCAACUGCUGAAAAUACAUAUCAUACAUAUCUGCAUAUUUUGCAGAAUACCAGCUGUAUUAGAAAACUGGAGUUCAUGUCGGGGAGGGGGAACAUCCUGUGCACCCUCCCCUAGAUCUACCCCUGAGCUAGCCUUUGAUCUGUAUUCAGACGGUCGUUUGUUUUGUGUCAACUAGGUAGUCAGGCACUCUAAACCCUCCCCCACUCCUUGACGAUUUUUAUCCAUCUACCGGUAAUUCAUUCUCGUUUUUUUCGUUUGUUUUGUGUCAACUAGGUAGUCAGGCACUCUAAACCUUUCCCCACUCCUUGACGAUUUUUAUCCAUCUAAUUCAUUCUCGUUUUUUUCAAAUCCACCAUUCAAUACAAUACCAAGCAGCAUCACAAUUUCUUCCAGAACUAACCCGGCUUCAGCCAGGCCGAUAGUCAGACCAAAGGAUAGGAUAGUAUAGCACUUAUUCUAUCCUAUCCUAUCCUUUGGUCUGUCAGUGAAUCAAUCACUUAUUAGCCCCCCAGUGUAAACAGGUAAUUGUUGGGUCUGUAAAACCCCGUCUAUCAGGAUGUAGACUUAUUCUCUUUCUAUCUUUUAUUUCAGGGACCCUGAAUUUGUCUUUUAUGACAGACCAGACACAACUAUGUUUGCCUAUAGGUAAGGACUGUUUGCUGUGUCACUGUGAAUCUUCAACUUGCAUAUCUGUCAGGGCGUCCUGUUUGGACUUGAGAAUAAAAACUAGCUGUCUCUGGACAAGGUUUCAAAGGGGCUAUGUCGCGCUAUUUGCUGUUUUCUUAAAAUACCGUAUUUAUUCGAUUAACCGCCCUGGGCGCAUAUUAAAUUUUUGGACCUUGAGAGUGGGUGCUUAUUCGAGGUGGGCGCUUAUUCGAGGCUGGGCGCUUAUUAAAAUUUCACCAUUUUCAGCGAGUGAAGUAUGUUUAUUUUGCAACAAAAUAAUGGGGUGUUGUAGGGGUCCGGACCCCCUUAACAUCGCCGUCAAUCCGAGAAUUUUCAAAAGUACUUUGCUAACUGCUAUGAGAAUGAAAUAAUUAUCACUAAAUGGUCCUGAAUUAUCACAUACAACUUAAAAGAAAAAUUGCUUUUCACGUUGUCUGUCAACCAUGCCCUUUUAUGAAUUGGAUUGAAUCUGGACAUUGGACCAAGUCAUUAACUUAACCUGAAGGACGAUUGUUUCAAAAAUCGAUCCUUUACGAGUAGAAUGUCACAGGCACUGUGCCUAUCGUGACGUACCUGGAACGGCGAGGAAUUAUUGGAAUCAUUGGCGUCAGCUGGACGCACAAGAUGGACCCCUUCCACCGAACAAAAAUACCUGUAUCCUCCUUCCGUUCAUCAGCGAUUCUAAAACAGCAAUUCACCGUUGAGAUCACUUGAUCUGGUGGUUACGGAAAUCUUAAGAGAGAAAUAUACGGAUGUGUAAACUUUAUUGUAAAUUUAGCCUGGGUAAUAAGCCUCCCCUAACCACUAUAAAGGAAGGCCUGUUACUCAGGCUCAUCUUAAUCAGAAAAUGUUUAAUUAGUAUUCACCAGAGCAGGGGAUCAACAUAUUCAGUCACACUUUAUUGGUGAUUGUGAGAACCCCAUUCGUCACUUUAAAAACGAGAGGGGAACUGGGCCGAGUUAACUUUCGCAAAUUUGUGGGACUGUUAUCAGGGUCAGGGGAAAAAUAUAGCCAAUAUCCAGUAGCAUGGCGUGUCCCCCCAUUAACUAUCCCAGAAACAAUUGCGGGGCACAUUUCGGAACCAGUUGCCUUCUCGCUGAUUGGCAAAUUUGUGAGUGUCAUUUCACCUUUACUUGCUUUUGCAGACAACCAAAGUGAUUUCGUUUUCUUAAAAUUCAAGUAUAUGCUUUACUACUUGACUGAAAUGUUGUUUUUGUUUAAAAAAUACCUAGGAUAUCGUAUUCCCAACUUCUGAUUCGGCACUACUAGGAGUUUUGCCAAUACGAUAUGCAAGAGCAUUAAUCAGAGGGUUAUUUUUAUUUAUUUGUGGCAGAGUAAAACCAGCCGUCUUCGACUUAUUCCUGGCUCUUGGUAUUGCAUCUUAUCUUGGACUGUUCUACCUAGCGCUUGUGGUAAGUUAA